AAACUGGACGCCCGAGCCUCAACAACUGGUGCAGGCUCGGGCUAGGCGCACUCUUUGGCGGCGGGUGUGUUUACCUUGGGGAAGAAGUUUAGCAGCCGGUGAGAACAAGGAGGGAGGCCGGGAGGAGGAUGCGGCUUGGCCGGGGGGUGCCCGCUGCAGGAGCUCGCCGCCGCCUCAGCCUCGGUCCCCGGGGCCGCCGAGGGCCCGCCCGCCGCCCCGCGUGUCCGGCUAAAUUAUUCAAGUUUGUGGAAUACUAUAUGAAUCUUAAGACGAUAAUAAGGUGGCAAUGUCUCGGGAACCUACUCCACCUCUGCUUGGAGAUAUGUCUACUAGUCCUGUUGCAGAAAGCUGGUGUUACACACAGGUGCCUGAGGGUAAACCCAAAGGGAUUAGAUGAUGAAAGUAAAGACUAUUUGUCCUUAUAUUUGCUCCUAGUCAGCUGCCCAAAAAGUGAGGUUCGAGCUAAAUUCAAAUUCUCUCUUCUCAAUGAUAAAAGGGAAGAAACAAAAGCAAUGGAAAGCCAAAGAGCAUAUCGAUUUGUACAGGGGAAGGACUGGGGAUUUAAAAAAUUCAUUAGAAGGGAUUUUUUGCUUGAUGAAGCUAAUGGUCUCCUUCCAGAUGACAAGCUUACAUUAUUCUGUGAGGUGAGUGUGGUCCAAGAUUCAGUAAAUGUAUCAGGACAUACUAAUACAAACACUUUGAAGGUGCCGGAAUGUCGACUAGCAGAAGACUUAGGUAAUCUCUGGGAAAACACAAGAUUUACAGAUUGCUGCUUUUUUGUGAGAGGAAAAGAAUUCAAAGCUCAUAAGUCUGUGCUUGCAGCUCGAUCCCCAGUUUUUAAUGCAAUGUUUGAACAUGAAAUGGAAGAAUGCACAAAGAAUCGAGUGGAAAUAAAUGAUUUAGACCCUGAGGUUUUUAAAGAAAUGAUGAGAUUUGUUUACACAGGAAAAGCACCGAAUCUUGAGAAAAUGGCUGACAACUUGUUGGCAGCUGCAGACAAAUAUGCACUGGAACGGCUGAAGGUCAUGUGUGAAGAAGCUUUGUGUAGUAACCUCUCAGUAGAAAAUGUUGCUGAUACCCUUGUCCUUGCAGAUUUGCACAGUGCAGAACAGUUGAAAGCCCAGGCAAUAGACUUUAUUAAUAGGUGCAGUGUUCUUCGACAACUUGGGUGUAAGGAUGGGAAAAACUGGAACAACAACCAAACAACUGACAUAAUGGAAACAUCAGGGUGGAAGUCCAUGAUUCAGUCUCAUCCUCAUUUAGUGGCAGAAGCCUUCCGAGCACUAGCAUCUUCACAGUGUCCACAGUUUGGUAUUCCACGCAAAAGGUUAAAGCAGUCUUGAGUCUUCUGUGGACAGUAGGAAAUUUAUUUGCCUUUCCUCCCCCAGGUCCCGAAGGAUUCCAAUACAAACCAUAAGUAACAGUUGCUUCUGUCUCUUGUCCAUAGAACAGAAGCUGGAAAGGCAUUGCUUGCUUUCACAUGGAUAAUUUAUGGUUUAUACUUCAGCUUUAAAUCUGACUGAUUAAUUCACUUCAAGGCCUUAAAUUGUCUUCAGUGACUUCUCUUGUUCAUAUAAUGGUUUAAUUUUUUUUAUUGUGCCUUGUCAGUUUGCCAAGGCUAUGCAGGAUUGCACUAGCUCCACAAUGCAGUAAUAUUGAUAACUGAUAAUGCUGAGUUUCAAAGGAUCUUCCAUUAUUUUAGAAACAAAAGUAUUUUAUAUGUUUUGUUCUGUAUGAUCUCCAAGUACAAAACUAGGUUCUAUUGGAUUUUGAGAUUGCCAUAGGCACCUCCAAUCUCAGUUGUGUAGACACUAAAGAGCCCAUUACCAUCCAGGUAAGUGAUGGCCAUAUACUGCUCUGAUUUAAAUUAUUUUUCAUUUCAAGGAGCAGAUAAGCAAUGAGUUGACCUAAAAUUUUCGUAAUAUUUGUAGUGUUUGUCUGUAUAUUAACUGCUCAAGAACUGGUUUUAUGCACAUUUGUAAAGAUUAUGAAGUUAAGAUUUCAAUAAAAAGAGCAUGGUUUUUGUUAAUGUUUUAAAUUUAUAAUGACUUACAUUUGAAAGAAAAAUUCAAUAGAUGUUAAAGUCAGGAUGACCAAGUACAUGUAACAAAUGAGUGGGCCAAUUAAGCAAGAUAUAUGUGCACUUUUAAUGUGGAAAUUUUCUAUGAUAAAUGGUACAUAUAUAUUUUCCUUUUUCGUGGAUUAAUAAGAUUUAAAUUAUGUUUUAACAUUUAAAAGAAGUUUUUAUGACACAUGGAGCCAACAUGGAUUUUCAUGAUAAUAGAUAAAAUUACACUUGAUUUUAGAUUCAUUGACUUGGAUUUCAAAUAUUUAUCACUGAGUUUAUUACAGUUUUAUUACAUUUGGGGAAGGCAUGUAACAAAUUAGUCCUAUAUGGUCUGCUUCAUUUCAAAGCAAUUAACAGACAAUAUUUGCAGGAAAAUAGAGAACCCUCUGAGAAUGUGUGUAGCCACACUAGGAAACUUCUUUUCUCCUUUGUGGCUCAGUUACUAACGUGGUAGAUUAUUGAAAUUUUGCAUAAUGUGAAUGGGAUAAAUGUUACCAACCUGUUUUAGUGAGCCAGUUUUGGUUUUUAUUAUUAUUAUUAUUAUUUUUAUUAUUAAAGCUUAGCUUUAAACAUGCAGAUGUUUUGUGUUUAAUUAGUGAUGCAUUAUUCUAGAGAAGUGGUUGGUGUCAGAUCAGAAGUGACUGAGGCACUGGUGAUGUGCACUCUGCAGAAAGAUGGAGCGUGUUAGUGGAAAAACAGGUGUAUAUGCUUGUAUUUUGCGUAUAUAGCUUUAUUCCCUGUAUUAAAAUUUGUGUAAUUUGUUUAUUAUAAAAUUCUGGAAAAAAGUAAGCAUAUUGUUUUAAAAUAGACUUUUUAACUAUAGCUUUUUAGUUAACUGAAGCAAUCUUAAAAUAUAUUGAGAAAAUACUGUCAAAUAAGCAUUAGUUAUCAAGAGAAAAUGAGCAAAGAUUGUAUUUUUAAAUAUUUUAGUUUUGAUUCUUUGUGUUAAAAUGGUAAGAAUUAUUUGGAAUAGAAGAAAAAUUUUCAACUGACAGUGAGCUUCACCCUAUUUAUGAUGAGCAAAAGUUUAUUCCCUUAAUUUCAUCAUAAUACAAACCCUGUUACAUUAUUAAUACAAGAUAUUUUCAUGGUCUAACAAAAAGUUAAGACUCCACUCCAGGUGGAAUACAUUGUCACAUGUCAUAAAAACUCUGAAGACUAUGUACAACACAUUGUAAAUUGAUGUAUUGGUUUGGUCUGUAUUUCUAACCAUGAUGAAAUCAGUAGUAAUACCAUAUAAUAAGUAUUAUAAAUGUUUAUUAAUAAUGUUCACAAUUUUCUUAUACAGAUUUUCCAUUUUAGUUUGCUAACAUAUAUUCUACCAAAAAUUUCCAACUCUGUGAUCUCUAUCAGUGUUAUGCUGAAUGCCCACUUUUUGGAUGGUACAAUACCAUCCAUUAUUACAUUACACUCACAGAAACAUACACUCGUUUCUGUUUUGUUUUGUUUUGUUUUGUUUUUAAUGUAUACUUUAGUAGUUUUGGUUCUUGAGUGUGUGAUAAAAGACUGUUUAUUUUCUUCUUGGAGUGGCCUAAUUGCAUUUUCUUCAUUCACUCAUUUUUAAACUGUAUACAACUUGGUCAAAAUAGGUACGGUUUCUGCUUAAUGCAAUGCAAUCUUCUUUAAGUUACAAGUUUGCUCCUAUUACAUUUUAGUUACCUAAUCAAGGCUUUUCUCAGAACACAAUGAGUUGUUUUAAAUAUUACAAUUUAAAAAUGUAUCUAUUGGAAAACUGUUCUUUAGAGUAAGAUUUAGAAAUACUGUAUUUGUGCCUUUUUCAUUGUUUUGCUUUUAAUGUGUUUUGAUAUUUGGAGCACAAAUAUGAAGGUGCCAUAAGAUGGCUUGAUAAUGUUACCUCCUUAAAUACUUUCUAUAUUACUAUCUUCAAAUAAUAAUUGAAGAACCUUGAAUGAAAUGUGGUCCUUUGUGUGAGACAUGUAUGUGCUUAUAUUUUCUUGGGCUGUGUGUAAUAUGUUUAAAGAGUGAAUUUAUGAAAAUGGAAUUUAAAUAUGCUGAAAGUUCAGAUUAACUGAAAUAUCUCAUUUAAGUGAGCUUUAUUUGAAAAGACAGUGGAUUGCCAGAAGACAGUGUAAUCCUCAAAAAUGUGACCAGCAUUCUGAAUUAUAAAAUAGGAAAAUAGUGCUGUUUUAGGAUAUCAAGGAUAAUUAAAUUUUAAAAAUAAUUGCUUUAAAUAUUUUUAAAGUA